GCCCUGCGCGGGAGAGGUAAAGAAGAUUUGAGUUUGCAGUCCUCAGCUGGGAACGGCUUUGUGUUUUGGCCCUUUUUUCCCCCAGGCGGCUUAGACAGAGGAGUUCAUGGCAAAUCUUGUAAUUAAGCAUGGAAUAUGGAAAACAAAACACUUCAGCUGGUACUUUAGUCUCAUGUGAAAUUCUACAGGCAUGUGUCUUAUAAGCAGUAUACAGCAGAAUUUUAAGCCAGUCUGAGAGUCUCUGUUUUUCAGUAGAAAUUGCAAGCAUUAUUUUGACUGCUACUUGCUAUCAAAUGCUCAGUUGGUGAAAUUGGAGGUCUUUCACUCAGAAGAGAAAAACCAGGAAAGAAGGUUUCUCUGGGAACUGGCUGGAACCCGAGGCUUGCAUGCUUCUGAGCUUCUGUGAAUGGCCCCGGCACUCCUGACCACCCUUCCGGCUAGGAUGUCACUCAGAUCCCUGAAAUGGAGCCUCCUCCUGCUGUGGCUGCUGAGUUUCCUGGUGAUGUGGUACCUCAGCCUGCCGCAUUACAACGUGAUAGAGCGUGUGAACUGGAUGUACUUCUAUGAGUAUGAGCCCAUUUACAGACAAGACUUCCGCUUCACACUGCGAGAGCAUUCAAACUGCUCUCAUCAAAACCCAUUUCUUGUCAUCCUGGUGACCUCACACCCCUCAGAUGUGAAAGCCAGGCAGGCCAUUAGAGUUACCUGGGGUGAAAAGAAGUCUUGGUGGGGAUAUGAAGUUCUUACAUUUUUCUUAUUAGGCCAACAGGCUGAAAAGGAAGACAAAGUGUUAGCAUUAUCCUUAGAGGAUGAACACCUCCUUUAUGGGGACAUAAUACGACAGGAUUUUUUAGACACAUACAAUAAUCUGAUCUUGAAAACCAUAAUGGCGUUUAGGUGGGUAACUGAGUUUUGCCCCAACGCCAGGUAUAUCAUGAAGACAGACACUGAUGUUUUCGUCAAUACUGGCAAUUUAGUGAAGUAUCUUUUAAAUUUAAACCACUCAGAGAAGUUUUUCACAGGUUAUCCUCUAAUUGAUAAUUAUUCCUAUAGAGGAUUUUAUCAGAAAACCCAUAUUUCAUACCAGGAAUAUCCCUUCAAGGUGUUCCCACCUUACUGCAGUGGGUUGGGUUAUAUAAUGUCCAGAGAUUUGGUGCCGAGAAUCUAUGAAAUGAUGAGUCACGUAAAACCCAUCAAGUUUGAAGAUGUUUAUGUUGGGAUCUGUUUGAAUUUAUUAAAAGUGGACAUUCAUAUUCCAGAAGACACCAACCUUUUCUUUUUAUAUAGGAUCCAUUUGGAUGUCUGUCAGCUCAGACGUGUGAUUGCAGCCCAUGGCUUUUCUUCCAAGGAAAUCAUCACAUUUUGGCAGGUUAUGCUAAGGAACACCACAUGUCAUUAUUAAUUUGACAUUCUACCCAAGCCUAGAGAAGGGAGGGAUACUUUGUAGAAAGUGUUAACGUUAGACUAUGAAAUCGCCAGUGAAAAACCCAUGAGAAGGUCACUGUGUGGCUUACACAAAGCUGAAACUCAUGUAGAGCCUAUAGACGAGACUAGAGGGUUGCACUUGGCCUGUGGUUUAUUAUGACAACAAUCAAGUCAAGCCUUUUAAAAGUGAUAUUCAGAGGAAUUAAAAUCUUAUAAAGGAAUGGGAAGUUUUUUUUAAAUAAAACUAAUAGGGCCAAACAGUUUGAACAUGUCAUUCUACAGACUAGAGCUUCUUAAAUGGGUUUCACUGAAUUAUAAGCUCAUUUAUCCAUAACAACAAAACAGUGUGCAGUAUUAUUCAUGAGGCAUCUAGUCAGUUCAGGGUUUUGUGUAUAUCUUCAUAGAUUACUAGUUUUUUUAAAUAUACAGUUCUGUGUAAAAGAAACUGAAGUUAUUUCUGAACAAAGUUUAAUCUGUUUUUGGUCAUUUGGAAGAUAUUUCAAGAUGUUGCAGUAUUAAAGAGUUAUUAAUUAUUAUUUAAUAAUACUUAGAGUUUUACACUUUAUGGAUGUUUGAAUGUUUUGGUUUCAAUACUGCAUAAACAGAAUAAACUUUUUUUCCAGUUACUUCAGUGAUGAAUUUAUGGUGAAUAGCUCCGUUAAUGUGUUCUCAUUAUUGUAUAUCAAUAAUCUCUUGGACUUUGAUAAAUAUUUCAUCGUGGUAAUGUAGAGAAGAAUUAAAGCAAGAAUAUAAAA